CUCCAUAUACAAUGAUAUAUGUAUAUCUAUAUAUAUAUAUAUAUAUACACACGUUAUGAACCCACAGUUCUUUGAUUAAGCUUGAGAGUACAGAUGGAGAAGUACGAGAUGAUGAAGGAUUUGGGUUCUGGGAAUUUCGGGUUUGCUCGCCUUAUGCGUCACAAGGAAACAAAGGAGCUCGUUGCAGUGAAAUUCAUCGACCGAGGCUACAAGAUAGACGAGAACGUUGCGAGGGAAAUAAUCAACCAUAGAUCUCUCAAGCAUCCUAAUAUUAUCCGUUUUAAGGAGGUGGUUCUGACGCCGACGCAUCUCGGCAUUGUGAUGGAAUUCGCAGCCGGCGGAGAGCUGUUCGACCGAAUUUGCAACGCCGGUAGAUUUAGCGAAGCCGAGGCAAGAUAUUUCUUUCAGCAGCUCAUUUGUGGGGUCCAUUACCUGCAUACUAUGCAAAUAUGCCACAGAGAUCUGAAACUGGAGAACACGUUGCUCGACGGAAGCCCAGCCCCUCGUCUGAAAAUCUGCGAUUUUGGCUACUCCAAGUCUUCUGUGCUGCAUUCAAGUCCGAAAUCAACUGUCGGAACUCCGGCGUACAUAGCACCGGAGGUUUUGUGUCACCGAGAAUAUGAUGGCAAGUCAGCCGACGUGUGGUCAUGUGGAGUUGCACUCUACGUCAUGCUGGUGGGAGCCUAUCCCUUCGAUGAUCCAAAAGACCCUCGCAAUUUCAGAAAAACCGUUCAGAAGAUAAUGGCCGUCAAGUACAAAAUCCCUACGCACGUUCACAUAUCUCAGGACUGUAGAAACAUACUCACUCGUAUAUUUGUCGCCAACCCACUCAAGAGAAUCACACUCAGAGAAGUAAAAAACCACCCAUGGUUCCUAAAGAACUUGCCACGGGAGCUGACAGAGUCGGCUCAAGCAGUGUAUUAUCAGAGGAACAAUCAGAGCUUUUCUCCUCAAAGUGUGGAGGAGAUCAUGAAGAUUGUCGGAGAGGCAAGAACUGUCCCAAAGCCUUCUGGCCACGCCGGAGGAGAAGAUGAGGAGGAGGAAGAAGAGGAGGAAUAUUUGGACGCCAAUGAUGAAGAAUACAAUCCGGAAGAUGUGUAGAAAAGGAAGCGUAGUCAUGAGAUGUAUCGAGUAUAAGAUAUGAAAUUAUCUAAUCAUGCAUGACUGCAUUGCGAUUGUGAUGAUGGCCGUUGUAUUAUAUAGGCGUUUGUGUUAUGCUUCAACCCAGGAUAUUUGAAUUAAAUGUUUGCUUUUGUAUCGUAAUUUGGAUUUUUAAAGUUGUGUUUUGUGGAUA